AUGGCAAAUGUUACAACAGUACUGGAAUUCACACUACUGUGUUUCAGUAGCAAUCCCCACUGCCAGAUCCUGUUAUUCACAGUGGUUUUGGUUAUUUAUAUUCUCACCAUAGGAAACAUCAUUAUAAUUUCAGUGGUGACACUGGAGCCGCAACUUCAUUCACCCAUGUACAAAUUUCUCAAGAACCUGACUUUGCUAGAGGUCUGUUGCACCACCAAGAUUGUACCCAAGAUGCUGGCGAAUCUACUGGCAAAGAGGAAGAGCAUCUCUUUCUCCGGAUGCAUGGCACAGCUUUACUACUUCAUUUCUCUGGGAGCCACUGAGUGCUACCUCUUGACAGUGAUGGCAUAUGACCGAUUUCUUGCGGUCUGUGAACCCCUGCACUAGGUGGCCAUGACUGCUGAGUCUUAUACCCGUCUGACUGUGGGCUCCUGGGUCACUGGUGUUUUCACUGGUUUUCUGCCCUGUCUGGUGGUCUCCAGACUGCAUUUCUGCAGUUACAACCUCAUCGAUCACUUCUGUGAUAUCUCUCCCCUGUUGAAGCUCUCAUGCUCAGACACCACAGUCACAGAAGCUGUCAUCUUCAUCCUCUCUCUGCUGGUCCUUUCCAGCUGCUUUCUGUUGACUCUUGUUUCAUACCUCUUUAUAAUUCUCAGUAUCCUGAAGAUACGCUCUGCUUCUGGAAAAAGAAUUACCUUCUCCACCUGCAGCUCACACCUCAUGGUAGUGACAAUAUACUAUGGUACAAUGAUUUCCAUGUAUGUCCAUCCCACCUACAACCUGUCCUCAGAGCUCAAUAAGGCUGUAUCUGUGCUCUACACAGUGGUCACACCUCUUCUGAAUCCAUUAAUCUACAGCUUGAUAAACAAGGCAUUCAGGAAGGCCUUGGAAAAAACAGUCAUCAGACACCAUUGUCUUCAUUCUUUGUAA